AUGCCGUCUUUCUUCGCUCCAGGCCACGGCCUGCCUCCUACCCCUCCUCACGUCAACAGCGGUGGUCGUUUGGACGAACCGUCCUUUUACCCGAUCAAUCACUCUGCGUUUCCUCCUCGCUAUCAUCAGAGUGGCUGUGAGUUUAUUGAAAAUUACUCUCAGUCUCGGUACACCAAGCCAAACUCGAUGAACCUGCACCCCCAAUCGGCGAACAUGAUGCACCCUACUCGGGAGUCCUUGCACGCCAUGGGUCAACUGCCCAUGUAUGGAUCAAUGGCAACCCUGCCUCCGCUCCGCUCCAGUGUCCAGUUGCCGCCCAUGGAUAGUGCCAUCCCCCCGCAGUACCGUCGUCAGGAUAUCGCCCCUAUGCAGCAAGAGCAGGUGCGCAAGGAGGAAAAGGCCACCGGAGGUGUUGCCGCCCACCUGGAUUACGAGAUGGAUCGCAUGUCCGAUUUCGUGGCGGAAAUGACCCAGGGAAUGUAUGCAUUGUACAACACCAAGAUCAACCUAGAAGAUAUUGACAUCAUGCGAAGCAUCUCCCCAGGAUCUUCGGUCCCCCCUCAGUUUCGGAAAUACGUCUACCAGAUUUUGUCCUCGACCCGCCUGCCGAGUUCGACCAUCCUACUAGGCCUCUACUACCUUUCCUGCCGCAUGCGCCAGCUGUCGUCCCAGCGUGUCUUCCAGACCAACAGCGGCCAGAUCUACCGUAUGCUGACCGUGGCCCUUCUACUCGGUAGCAAGUUUCUGGACGACAACACCUUCCAGAACAAGUCGUGGUCGGAAGUGAGCAACAUCCCCGUGUCCGAGCUUAACAAGAUGGAGCUGGAGUGGCUGUUCGCCUUCGAGUGGAAGAUCCACAACCGCAUGUAUGACGAGCAGGACGGGUUUUCUUCGUGGCGUCGACACUGGGACAAUUGGCGUGCCAAGGCCAAUGCUCGUGCUCAGCAGGAAUCUCGCCAGCCCCUGGCUCCCCUCGAUACUCACGUUGUACGCCAACCCCAGACUGUCGCCAAGCCCCUUAUGUCCCCCGAAGGCCCCAUUCCACCUCAGUAUCAGCGCGGUGAGAACUCGUGGCUCAACCCGGCCGCGUCCGAGUACUCGCCUCCGUCGGCCCCCCACAGCGGCCCCAACACGCCCGACUACUACGCAGCUGGCACCUGGACAUACCCUAACCCACCACCUCCCUACUCGCGGGCCUGGAUUCCGCCCCCGCAGUACCUCCCUGCCUCGGCCCCUAGGUCACAACCUCCUUCGUACCACCACACCCCGGCUUACGGUCUGCCCUUUGCGCAGAGUGUGUGGACCGGUCAUGGCUCCUCAUGUGGCUGCAUGUAUUGUGCUAAACACGUUGAGCACUACAUGUGCAACACCGCCUUUCCGGCCCUGCAGCCCAUCAUUGCAGGCUAA